AUGGUUCGAACUAUUACAAUAAAAAUAAGAAACUGCACAAUAAGUUAUCAUUCAUUUGAAUCCGUCGUUAAGAAUAAGGACAGUUUCUUCAUAUCAAUUUUACGAAUAAGACAUCUGAUUUAUAUUGUUAAAAUGGGGGAUCCUCCCUCAGUAGUUGCCGCUGCCUCAAAAGCAGCAUCCAAGAAAACUUCCAAAGAACCGGCGGUGAAGACUCAUCCUACCACUGCUAAAAUGGUCAACUCCGCAAUCAAAACACUCGCUAAUCGUAAAGGAUCUUCGCUUGUGGCCAUCAAGAAAUACAUCGCCGAGAACUAUGAUGUAGAUAGUGAGAAAUUGGCCCCUUUUAUCAAGAAGUAUUUAAGGGCAGCGGUUGAGUCUGAAACUAUCAUCCAGACUAAAGGAAGAGGUGCAGUAGGAUCCUUCAAGCUAUCCAAGAAUUCUAAUCAAGUUAAACCGAAGUCAAAAGUCGCUAAAAUGUCACCAACAAAGGCUAACGAGACUGGAGGUCCCGGGAAGAAAGCAGCUUCUCCUAAGAAAGCAACGAAAACUGCUACUGAUGAUAAAGUUGCCAAAUCCAAAGUUGAUCGGAAUAAAAAUACCAAUCCAUCUACAACGAUAAAAACAGCGAAGAAAUCUGGAACACUUAAAACAUCGCUACCGAAGACGCCUGCUUCGCCGAGAGCCAAGAAAACUGCUCAAAAGAAGUAAAUUGAGUUUUUAGAAGGAUUGAUCAUUACUAAUUAAACAAUCGGCCCUUUUCAGGGCCAAUAAUAAAUUUCAACGUGAAAGGCUUCAUACGAAUUCAGACGGAUAGCCGAUUCGCGAGCUAGCGGGCAGGUGCGCUCUCAUUGGCCGGUUCUGGUCGAAUUCUAAUUGGCGGAGACACUGCAGUCAUGGGGUUAUAAAGCGCGACACACGCGAGAUCGGAUCAGUUGGUCUCGCGACACACGCGAGGUCGGACCAGUUGGUCUCGCGACACGAAAGAGGAACGAUCAGGAAAGAGUCGAUCCGCUUCUUAUAACGCGGAAGCAACGUAAAGAGUGAAUUACCCAUUGUUCUUAGAACGAAGAUUCUCCUGCUUUUAUUAUCUGGAUGGUAUUUCUGAUUUCGUAUGGAGAUAUAAAAAAGGUAAAUUUUCCUGAUUUGCCAAUUGAUUUUUGAACAUCGUGGAGACAUCAGGAAAGGAAAUUCCUGCAAUGGGAAACAAUGUUUUCAAUCUCAAAUAUGAUUGAAAAGGCAAUGGCUUUUUUUGUUAAAAAAAAAGUGUAUUCUUUAUGCUAUAAUUUUUUCCUUUUCCCGAUUUUUCCGCUUAUCCUCUUUCCUGAUCGUAUAGCCAAUUUCAUUGAUCGUAAGACAGGUGUAGUUGAAUUGGUUAUAAUUUAACUUGAAUAAUUGUAGCGAUCUUUAAAUUGAACGUUGAAGUGAAAUUUGUGUCAGAUUAUUUAGGGACAAGUCAAUUACUGAAUGGUUAAUGUAAAGUAAAUAGGGACGUGAUCAAAUAUACAAUGAAAUAAAGAUCACCUAGCAUGUAGACUUUUUGUAGGGUUUUCAUUGACAGCAUAAAAAUAUUAAGAGUUAAAAAUAAAGUCGAGAAUAAUUACUAAAGAGUGAUUACUAUAGACUGUAAUGCAACCAAUAUGUCGGAUCCACGGCGAACUAAGCCACGUUCUUUAUUAGUUGAAGGUUGAUCAGUAAAGCUAAUUGUUGAUCAUAUGAUUAUAGAUGAAUAGUAUUAUAGGAAAGGAAGAUCUUUCUUAAACUUUUAUUUUAUUAUUUAAAUCAUAAAGUAUAUUGGGAAUAAUUGCAUUAAGAAGGAGUUUAAUGUAAGGGAAAUUCUAAUUUAUGGCGGACUAGACCAGAUUUUGCAUUAAUUGAAGAUUCGUUAGUAGAACAAAUUAUUAAUCACAUAAUUAUAAACAACUAGCAUUAUGGCAAAGGAAAUUAAUCCUUACAAUUUUAUUUUAUUAUUUGAAUAAUUGAUUUAGCAAGGCAGUUAAAAUCGUUCAGUAAUUGACAUAUUGACUGUUGUGAAGUUUAUAAAGUGUUAAUUGAAAAGUGAGUGGAAAUAGUGAAGUGAUACAAAACAAAGUGAGGAUCUACCAUGCCGACCAUUGUACCAACAGUUCAUCGGUUACCCUAUCUACUUUUCAACCCUGUACGGCAGCUGAAGGAUAUAAA